GCUGAUGGACUGGACCAAUGCCCAGGGAGGCUUGGAGGGAGCUUGAGCUACAAGAAAAAAGGCAGUGGGUCUCCAGAUUCCUGUAGCCAUGCUGCACUUGCUGUUCAGGUGGGCUCUGCCUUGGGCCAUGCUCCUGCUACUACUAGGUUCCCAGCUCCUGGUGACUCACAGCUGGAUUUCCCAAGAGGAGAAAGACAGUUAUGAACAAAGGGACAUAGAACUUCAUUUCCCUGCUACUGUGGAGUAUGCCUUGCACAUAUUCAACCUACAGAGCAAGGACUCAAUGGCCUACAGGCUGGUGCACAUCCUGAAUUCCUGGAAGGAACAGAUAGAAGACAUCCUGACAUUCUCCAUGGAGAUAAAGCUUCGCAGAACUGAAUGUGAGAAAUUUGAUGACGACAUUGACAACUGUCCCUUUCAAGAAAGUGCAGAGAUGAACAAUACCAUCACUUGUUUCUUCACCAUCAGCACUGAGCCCUGGAGAACUAAGUUUGUACUCCGGAACAAGACCUGCUUGGAAGUCUUCCUUUGAUUGAGGCCAUGCCCCACCUG